AUGCAAGUGUCUGAUGACGGAUCAUCUAAUAUACGUGAGACAGAUAUUCGCUAUUCUUCUGAAUAUCUAGCUAAUGACUUAUCAGGUGAUAAUAAAACAGAACAACAUAUAGAAGGAACUAAUCGAAAUAUUGAGGAGGCGGCUUAUCCUGCCGAAGCAUAUGAUGUUUCAGAUUGUGAGCAUGACUUAAACAACAGCGAAAAGGGUAAAAGUCGUAGUGAUCUUGACUCAAGAACGGAGAGUCCUUAUGGAUCAUGCUCUCCAAAUAACGUGAUUAAUGAUUAUAAUAAAUAUAGUUUUGGUGUGGGUGCAGGAAACGAUUUUUUCUCCAGCAAAGGAAUUAAUUAUAGUUUGAAUUAUCCACAUACACCUGGCAGUGGUAAUCGGUGUUCGCGAACAAUUUAUACUGCAUGGAGUUCAGAUAAUCUAAUCCCCGUAUCUAAGGAGGAAAUUGAGGACAUUUUCAUUGAUCUUACCAAUAAAUUUGGGUUUCAAAAAGAUAGCAUGCGCAACAUGUUUGAUCAUUUCAUGUGUAUAUUAGAUUCUCGCGCUUCUCGAAUGGCCCCAUCGCAAGCUUUGUUGACUCUUCAUGCCGAUUAUAUUGGUGGGGAGCAUGCUAAUUAUCGCAAAUGGUACUUUGCAACUCAAAUGUAUUUAGAUGAUGCUCUCUCUGUUGGAAUAACAAUCCAUGAUCAAAAAAAUGUUAAUCUUUAUGAACAGUGGAACCAACGCAUGAAUAGAAUGUCUCAGCAUGACCGUGUUCGCCAACUCGCGUUAUGGCUUUUAUUAUGGGGUGAAGCUGCACAGAUUCGUUUUACUAGUGAAUGUUUGUGUUUUAUAUUUAAAUUGGCAGAUGAUUAUGCCAAAGGUCCAGAAUAUAAAGUAAAAGUACAGCCUGUUCCUGAAGGUGAAUAUCUUAAAGAUGUCAUUACUCCACUCUACAAAUAUAUUCGUGAUCAAAGUUAUGAAAUCAUUGAUGGAACGUUCGUCAAGAGAGAAAAAGACCACGCUGAUACAAUCGGUUAUGAUGACAUAAAUCAAUUAUUUUGGUAUCAUGAGAGCAUCAAUCGUAUUGUUUUACAAGAUAACGGAACUCCUCUUAUGGCCUUACCUUUAAGUAAGCGUUAUAAAAUGCUUUCCCAAGUUCUUUCUGAUGAUGGAAAGAGAACUUUAAAACCACCGAUGCUCUUUCAAUCCAAUAAAUCAUAUCAAGAAGAAUAUUUCCCAUCAUCAAGCGAGGCAGAACGUCGAAUUUUAUUUUUUGCACAAAGUUUAUCAACAUCAAUUCCGAAUCCUUUACCUGUACAAAAUAUGCCUACUUUCACCGUGUUAACACCUCAUUAUUCUGAAAAAAUUCUUCUUUCACUUCGUGAAGUUAUUCGUGAAGAAGAUCAUAACACUCGAGUAACAUUAAUUGAAUACUUGAAACAACUUCACCCAAUUGAAUGGGAUAAUUUUGUUAAAGAUACAAAAUUUUUGGCAGAAGAACGUAGCUUGAAGGCUAUUCCAAAUCAAUUUGAAAAUGAUUACUCAAAGGAAAAAAAGAAUACAAAAUUGGAUGAUUUGCCAUUUUAUUCUGUUGGUUUUAAAUCAUCUGCACCUGAAUUUACAUUACGCACUCGUAUAUGGGCAUCACUUCGUACACAAACUUUAUAUAGAACAGUUUCUGGCUUUAUGAAUUAUUCAAAGGCGAUUAAGCUUUUAUAUUCUGUUGAAAAUCCCGAAGUUUCUACAAUGUUUAGUAAUAAUCUAGAAAAACUUGAAGAGGAAUUAAAUUCCAUGGCUAAUCGCAAAUUCAAGUUUUUAGUCUCCAUGCAGCAAUAUAACAAAUUUAGUAAUGAAGAAAAAGAAAAUGUGGAGUUCUUGUUACGUGUAUAUCCAAACCUUCUGAUCGCUUACCUCGAAGAAGUACCAUCUGAAAAUGAAGAAGACUCAAAAAUAUUCUCAGUGUUAAUCGAUGGCCAUUGUGAAGUUCUACCUGAUGGCCAACGCAAACCAAAAUACCGGAUUCAACUUCCUGGUAAUCCAAUACUUGGAGAUGGUAAAUCAGAUAAUCAAAACCAUUCUAUCAUCUUUUGUCGUGGUGAAUAUCUUCAAUUGGUGGAUGCGAAUCAAGAUAACUACCUUGAAGAAUGUCUUAAAAUUCGGAAUAUCCUUGGAGAAUUUGAACAAUAUGACAUGCCAACUACUUCACCAUAUUUGCCUGCUGCUGAAAUUUCCGAUAAAGAUCCCGUAGCUAUUGUUGGUGCUCGCGAAUAUAUCUUUUCAGAGAAUUAUGGUAUACUUGGUGAUGUUGCAGCUGGUAAAGAAUGGACCUUUAGUGCUCUAACUCAACGCAUAACUGCAAGUGUAGGUGGUAGAUUGCAUUAUGCUCAAAAGGGUUUACAUCUUAAUGAAGAUAUUUACGCUGGUAUUAACGCAUUUAAUCGUGGUGGACGUAUCAAGCAUGCAGAAUAUUAUCAAUGUGGUAAAGGCCGUGAUCUUGGAUUUAGUUCUAUCCUCCAUUUUACCACUAAAAUCAGUACUGGCAUGGGAGAACAAAUGUUGUCUCGCGAAUAUUAUUAUCUUGGAACACAACUUCCUUUGGAUCGAUUUUUGACAUUCUAUUAUGCACAUCCUGGUUUUCAUGUGAACAAUGUUUUUAUUAUACUAUCGGUACAAUUAUUCAUGUUUGGUAUGAUGUUUAUUGGUUCGAUGGCUUCAACUUUGACUUUAUGUGAAUUCAAUCCGGACCCAACAGCACCACUUAAUCCGCCUGGCAAACAUUUGAUGUCAUUAUCACCAUUCUUUGAAGUUUUUACUACACAGAUUUGUGCCAGUAGUAUAAUGUCAAAUCUUAACUUUGGUGGAGCACGAUAUAUCGCUACUGGACGAGGAUUUGCUACUUCUCGCAUCCCAUUUUCGAUUUUAUACUCACGAUUUGCUGGACCUAGCAUUUAUUUUGGAAUGAGAAUCUUGACAAUGAUUACUGGUAAUAAACGAAAACGAUUGGGGCACCCUUCAGAGAAAUUAGUUGAUAUUCCAAGACCAAAUAUUGCAAUUAUUUUUGUAUCGGAAAUCUUAUCACCGUUCAUAUCGGCAGCACUUUGUAUAAUAGCUUUUAUGUUUGUAAAUAGUUUCGACCAUUUAAACCCCGGAACUCCAAACAAAGGACCUAAUGUUUUUCCAAAUUUGGAUCAAUUAUAG